UUCCCGGACUCGUUUGCUCGCUUGAUUGCGCUCCCCGACAAGUGCUCGGGAGUCGACUCCCGGGACAUGGAGGCGACACGUCGCUCCGGGACGGCGGGAAAGCUGGUCGUCGUGGGCGGAGGCAUUGCCGGGGUCACGUGUGCCGAGCAGUUGGCUGUUCAGUUUCCAUCAGAAGAUAUCCUCCUGAUAACAGCAUCUCCUGUUAUUAAAGCAGUCACAAACUUCAAGCAGGUGUCUAAAGUAUUGGAAGAAUUUGAUGUUGAAGAACAACCAAGUACCAUGUUAGAAAACCGCUUUCCCAACAUUCAGGUGAUAGAAUCUGGAGUGAAGCAGCUGAAGAGUGAAGAACAUUGCCUUUUAACAGAAGAUGGCGGUGAGCACUUUUAUAAGAAACUCUGCCUGUGUGCUGGAGCUAAACCAAAGUUGAUCUGCAAGGGAAAUCCAUAUGUGUUGGGAAUCCGAGACACCGACAGUGCCCAGGAAUUUCAGAAACAGCUAAGCCAAGCUAAAAGAAUACUCAUUGUAGGCAACGGUGGCAUUGCACUUGAACUAGCAUAUGAAAUUGAGAGCUGUGAAGUGAUUUGGGCCAUUAAAGAUAAAGCUAUUGGGAAUACUUUCUUCGAUGCAGGAGCAGCAGAAUUCUUAACUUCUAGGCUCACUGCUGAGAAGCCAGAGACUGCUAUUGCCCAUAGAAGAACCAGGUACACCGCAGAAGGAAACAAAAAAAAGUCACAAAGCAAAGCCAGUGCUGGUAAUACCGGGAGUGCCUUGGGACCUGAUUGGCAUGAAGGCUUGAACCUUAAAGGAACUAAAGAGUUCUCUCAUAAGAUUCACAUUGAAACCUUAUGCGAAGUUCAAAAAAUCUACCUUCAGGAGGAAUUUAGAAUUGCUGAAAAAAAGUCCUUGCCUUUUCCAACAGCUUACCAAAAUGAAUCAGUUACAACUGAUAAAGAGUUAUGGCCUGUGUAUGUGGAGCUGACCAAUGGAAAGAUCUAUGGCUGUGAUUUCAUUGUCAGUGCUACAGGAGUUACACCAAAUAUAGAACCUUUCCUCACUGGCAACAGCUUUGCUCUAGGCGAGGAUGGCGGCCUGAAGGUGGACGACCAUAUGCGCACCUCUGUGGCUGAUAUCUAUGCUGCAGGGGACAUCUGUACUGCAGCCUGGCAGCCCAGUGCCCUCUGGCAACAGAUGAGGCUUUGGACACAAGCUAGACAGAUGGGAUGGUAUGCUGCCAAGUGUCUGGGUGCAGAUAUUUCAGGACAUGUUAUUGAGAUGGAUUUCAGCUUUGAACUUUUUGCUCAUGUAACAAAAUUUUUUAACUAUAAGGUUGUAUUACUGGGAAAAUAUAAUGCACAGGGCUUAGGUUCUGAUCAUGAAUUAAUGCUGAGAUGUACCAAAGGACAAGAAUACAUCAAAGUCGUCAUGCAAAAUGGGCGAAUGAUGGGAGCUGUCUUAAUUGGUGAAACUGAUUUAGAAGAAACAUUUGAAAAUUUAAUUUUAAACCAAAUGAAUCUUUCAUCGUAUGGAGAAGAUCUACUAGAUCCAAAUAUUGAUAUUGAAGAUUAUUUUGACUAAAAUGGACAUGUCAAGUAAUGUAUGUUCCAGAUAAUACAAAGUCAUUGAUUU